AUGGGUGGUCGGGGAGGUUUUUGCUUUGGCACCGCCGACUUAUUGGCCGGCGGCGGGCUUGACGGCAGCGGCGGCGCGGCGGGUGGCGGAGGCAAUGCGGCGGGCGGCGGCGGCGCGGCGGGAGGACGGAGCGGCGAGGCCCGGCGGCGCGGGGACGGCGACGCGAGCUCGCGGCGAAGCGGUGACGCGAGCCGGCGGGCGAGGAGGAACUCCGCCGCUGGCGGGGACGUGUGGCCGACUCGAGUGGAGUGGCGGUGGCGCGAGGAGGCUCGGGCGACGUCGGAGACAGCGGCGGCGGGUGCUGUCGAUUUGCGAGCAGAGCGCGGCAGGUCGUCACGGGCGGAGGCGCAGUGGUGGCUCGAGCUGCUAAUGAGCAGGCCGGGCGGGACGUCCGCGCGCCGGCAACAACGGCGCGAAGGUGUGGGCGUCGCUCGAGGUGCAGAGAACGGCGGCUUGGCGUCGAGGAGAAAGGGCAGACUUGUAGGUGGCUUUGGCGGCGAGCUGCUCCCUCGGCUUCUCCAGAUCUGGGUUUCGGGGAAGAUAGUGGCGGUCUCGGUUGGUCGAGCGGCGUCGGGUUGGGGCGGCGAGGAGGACGGCGAGGAUGGCGUUGGGCAGCGCCGCCGUUGCCCUCCUCCCCUCCGUUCCCUCGCAUUUGGGUUCUAG